AUGCGAUGGCCGCCAUGGAGCUCCGAGUCGACCAAUGACGAAAAACAAACGAGCUCAAGCUCCACAAAUUCCAUACUCGACUGGAAAGUCUACACAGAGCCGAGAACCUUGGUCCCAACCCUUGUCUUGACGAGUGGUAUUCUCCUCGCGUUACGGUUCCACCGCUCAUACCUGCGCAGAAUCCCCGACGCGCCCAGCAUCUCGUCGUCAUGGCUUCGACGCCGCAGUGUCUUCGGCCAAGUCACCAGUGUCGGUGAUGGAGACAACUUUCGCAUCUUCCACACGCCUGGUGGCCGUCUAGCAGGCUGGGGCUGGCUCCCGUGGAAAAAGGUCCCUACAAAAAAAAAGGAUCUCAAAGACAACACUAUCCAUAUCCGACUUGCGGGUGUCGAUGCCCCCGAGCUCGCGCACUUCGGUCGUCCAGAACAGCCCUUCGCGCGCGAUGCCCAUACAUGGCUAACGGCAUACCUGAGCGGGCGACGGGUGCGCGCGCUCGUCCAUCGCCAAGAUCAGUAUUCGCGAGUGGUAGCGAGUGUUUUUGUGAGGCGGGCGUUCGAUUUCCCACCAUUUCGACGUCGUGACGUGUCGUACGAGAUGCUCCGGCGUGGACUGGCAACUGUCUAUGAGGCGAAGAUGGGGUCUGAGUUUGGUGGGGAUAAGAUGGAAAAGAAGUAUCGGAAGGCGGAAUGGUGGGCUAAGAAGAAGUCCAAGGGGCUUUGGAAGGAUUAUAAGAAGAUCGGUGGUGAUUGGGAGAGUCCUCGAGAGUAUAAGACUCGGAUGGGGAUGGGCGAUGUCGAGAAGAAUGGGAAGAAAUGA